AUGGGUGACUUGGUGCAGCUGAGCUCUCAACAGUCCCUUGUUUCUAAGCCCUUUGACUACCAUGAAUUUCUGCAUGAAGUUCACUGCAAUGAGAAGCUUCGUUAUCAGGUUCUAACUUCAUACAAAAGAAAGAACAUUUUGUUGCAGGAACCACUGUCAUUCACAGAUGUCUGUGUGGAUUUCACCAAGGGGGAAUGGUGUUUGCUGGACCCUGCUCAAAAGAUCCUAUAUAGAGAUGUCAUCCUGGAAAAUUAUAGAAAAUUUGUCUCACCGUGUUAUUUUGUCUUAAUGGGGUAUUGUGUUGCUAAACCUGAUGUGAUCUUCAAGAUAGAGCAAGGAGAAGAGCCCUGGAUUGUAGAAAAGGGAUUCCCAAACAGAUGUCGCUCAGAAAGGAAAUGGAAAGUUGAUGACCUAUUGGAAAGCAGGCAGGAAGAUGCGUUUUUGCAGCUCAUGUUCACCAACAAGACGGUAAGCCUGGAAAGUGACAGCAGGCGGAAGGCCUUCCGUCUCAACAUGGACCUCAUUUCUUCAAGAAAUUUUCUGCUCAAAGUAUGUGAUUCAUGUGAAAUGAAUUUGAAAAAUAUUUCAGGAAUAAUUAUUGGUAAAAAGAACUAUUCCAGAAAGAAGCCUCAUGAGUUUAAUGUGUGUGAGAAAUCAUUCCUUACUCCUGUAGGAGAAAAGUCAUGUAACUACGAUGAAAAAAGGAAUGUCCUCAGCCUUUGCCAGACUCUUACUCAGCCAAUUUCUGACAAGCCUUUUGAGUAUAAUGGAAAUGGACCAGGCUUCCAUAAGGAAGGAGCCCUUUUUACAAGUCAGAUGUCUCAGAUAGGGGAGACACUCUACAAAUACACUGAACGUGGAAGACCCUUCACUGACACUUUAAAGCUCAGUGUAUCUCAGAGAAUGCCUUUGGAUAUUGAGCCACAUGAAUGCAGUGUUUGUAGGAAGUCCUUUUUAGUGGGUUUACAAUUUGGACAUCAGAGAGCUCUUACAGGGAACAGUCCUUAUGAAUAUAAUGAAUAUGAGGAAAUCUUCUGUGACAGUUCAGCUUCCAUUAUUCAUCAGGGAGCUUACAAAAGAAUGAUUGCCCAAGAAUAUAAAGUGAGUAACAAAACUUGGGAAAAGUCAACUCUCUUUAAACAUCAGAUGGUACAUGCGGGGGACAAACACUAUGACUACCACAAAACUGGGAAAAAUUUCAGUAAGAAAUCACAUCUCACCCAGUCUCAAAGAGCUCACUCAGGAGAAAAAAAUUUUGAAUGUGGUGACUGUGGUAAAACUUUCUGGGAGAAAUCAAACCUUACCCAACAUCAGAGAACACACACAGGAGAGAAACCUUAUGAAUGCACUGAAUGUGGGAAAGCCUUUUGCCAGAAGCCACACCUUACCAACCAUCAGCGAACGCACACGGGAGAAAAACCCUAUGAAUGCAAGCAAUGUGGAAAAACAUUCUGUGUCAAAUCAAACCUCACUGAACAUCAAAGGACACACACGGGGGAGAAACCCUAUGAAUGUAAUGCGUGCAGAAAAUCCUUCUGCCACCGGUCAGCCCUGACUCUCCAUCAGAGGACACAUACAGGGGAGAAACCAUUUAUAUGUAACGAAUGUGGGAAGUCAUUUUGCGUAAAGUCAUACCUUACAGUACACCAAAGAACUCACACGGGGGAGAAACCCUAUAAAUGUACUGAAUGUGGAAAAACCUUUUGUGAAAAGUCAGCUCUUACCAAACACCAGAGAACUCACACAGGGGAGAAACCCUAUGAGUGUAAUGCGUGUGGGAAGACCUUUAGUCAGAGAUCAGUACUCACUAAACAUCAGAGAAUCCACACAAGGGUGAAGGCACUUUCAACAUCCUGA